AUGAUACCUUGUCGAUUUUUUGCAGUCUUGGGCUUCUGUCCACAUGGAGACAGUUGCGUCUACUCGCAUGCGGCUCCUCCACCUGAAGUGCCCCAAGUGGCCAUCGAUGCUUGGUCGACAGACAUCAAGGCGAAUCUGGCGAGAGAGGUCACUGAGGCUGCUCAGUCCUCUGAGGAAAUACAGAUUCAAUGCCGCAUCCGGUCUUCAAUCGUCCAGCAUGCGUACAUCUCGCCCUCGAGACAGCGCUACGUGGUCGAGGACCGCAUCCUGCAAAAGGCUUGGCAUGCGUGGCUCGAGUUGACGUCACUGCUCGCAUUGCAUCAACUUCGCAGGCCGCAAAUGGCUUUUUUGGGUAUUCCACCCGACCUUGGCUGCGGAGGCAAAGAUCGGCCUUUGUCAGGAGGGAUAGCUGUGUUGGACGCGAUGGCGGAUCGACGAGUCACAGUGACCGCGGGCUGA